UUUGUGGCGCUAAAUUAAUUUGUUGUAUUGUUUCCAGGGGAAUAUUCAUCGUGACACAGAUAAUGUUGGUGUGCUGCGAAAGCAUGCGCCGCACCUUCCCUACCAACUUCAUUCUUCUUGGAUUGAUGACUUUUGGAAUGUCGAUUAUCGUUGGAUUUACAACAUAAGGUACAGAACUGAAGUGGUUCUUAUGGCUUUCCUGCUGGCUGCUCUGGUCUGUCUUGCUGUCUCUCUCAUCGCCUGGUGUUGUCCUUUCGAUAUCACCGGCUGCGGUAUGCUGAUGUGUGUGUUGGGAAUUGCCUUCUCAGUUUUCGGACUCGCUUCAAUUGUUCUCGUCUCUUUCUUCAAGAUAAAGUUCAUCAUGCUGAUCUACGCUGGAUUUGGAGUUGCUUUGUUCAGUUUGUAUUUGAUGUUCGACACCCAGCAGAUAAUGGGCGGCAAGAGAGUAGAGUUGUCACCGGAAGAAUAUGUUCUUGGAGCUCUGCAGCUGUACAUCGACAUGAUUGAAAUAUUUCUGCACCUUCUGCCUCUUGUAGCUGCUUGCUUCAGUGAUGACUAGGCAUCGUCAUUGGUAUAAUUCAUCAAUUAAUUGAUUACUCAAUCUGAAAAUCGCAGUAACCAUCUCUACACAAUAUAACCUGCAAACGUUGUGAAUUAUUUGUGAAAGCGUUGUAUAUUAUGUGUUAUUCACUCAUUCUAAUCCUUAAUUGGAAUUUAUUUUUGGUUGUUCACUAUUGAAUCUGUGAGUUUCAGCUCUAUGUAAACGAUUAUAUAUAACCUGAACAAGAACCGUAAUUAACGUUAUCAAGUACCCAUUUUUAGUUAAUCAAAUCACAACUAGUUUCAAUGAAUGAGUUUGAAUUAGUAUUGUGAAUUGAAAAAAAUUAAAAGGUACUUGAUACGUUUAAUGUGUUCAAAUAAGUUAGUAGCCCCCACAGAGAAAGUGAGAACCUACAGUUCUGAAUUAUUUGGGCAAAGCUUUUUUUUGUGCGAUAACAAACUCGUUCUACCACUUUCUCUUAAUUCAUAACCAAUUAAUUAUUCAAUACUGAAAAUGAGAAUCAGUAAUAUUUACACAAAAUGUAGCCUAUAAAUACAGCAAAUUCAGUAAACAAUUGCAGCCUAUAAUACAACAAAUGCGAAUUUUUCACAUAUAUAGUCUACAGAAGUUGUGAUUUUUUUGACUGUUUUAUAUUGCUAGUUCUAAACCAUAUUGAUUUAGAAUUAAUUCAUCAUUAUUGAUUGAUUGAUUAAUAAUCAAUAUUGAAGCUGAUGAUUGUCGAACACAGUGUAUAUAUUUCUAGAUUUAUCGUCAUAGUUGGAAGUUUCAUAGCCACGAUACCUUCAUCAUAAUAAUUUAGUAUUUAUGGAAUCAUUUCGUCUUAUUAAUUCAUGGACUUCUAUUGGUUUGAUGUUGUGAUAGUAUUAUUAGUGUUGAAGUAAUACUAAUUAUGUAUUGUUAAUUAUAAUUAUUCAAAUGGCUACUGAUAGUGUGUAUGAUUGGGAUACUGGUUGAGGUCAAUAUUUAGUAGAGCGGUGAAGGUAGAAUGUAGCCGAGAAGGUAGCUGAGAGUGUUAAAAUACACGUAUCUAUAUCUUCGCCGCUCCACCAUGUAUUGACCUUCACAGUAAUAUAUACUAGCAAGUGUUCUUAAGAACAGGAAUUUAAGGAAACUUGAGGAAGUUCAUUUUAUUGGAUAGUUGUGAAAUUUGUAAGGGUUGCUAUUAAUUUUUAUUGAAUCAUUUUUACAUUGUGAAUUGCAACCACCGAUUGUAUCUUGAUUUUUUCAAAACCGCUAAACUAUGGAAUUUCUUUCACUAUCAAUCAAUUUAUGAGUAUUAAUCAUUCAAUGAAUUUCAUAACUGAUCAUUCAUCUUUAUGAAUACGAUUGAAAAUAAUCUAUCUUGCUAUUGUCUUGAAUUCAAUAGUGAUGAUAAUAUAUACCAAUACAGUAUGUAAUUCUAAUUGGAAUCUUGAGAUUUGAGCAAGCACUUUGACAGUUGGAUUUUUGAAUUAAGCUUGAAGAAAAUAAAUUCUACAAUUUUCAAAACAACGAUAUAGCUGUAAAAUGUUGUGUUUUCACUGGAAGUUGAUAACAAUAAUAUUCUGAGAUUCCUUUUUUAUUCUACUAUUUCCCAUCAAUUUCUCUGUAGUUGUUUGAACACCUGAAGCAUAUAAUUUGAAAUUCGAUAGUAAUUUUCAAAAGAUAAAUGUAUAAAAUUCCCAAAGUUUCAAUGAAGAUGAGAAUCUUUGUGAGUUUUCAACUCCCCAACUAUUAUUAUUUUUUGUCGAUAUGCAAGGCCUUCAUGUACAAUAUUAUGAGACUUGUAAGUUUAUCAUUGUAUUCUAAUACUAUUUAAUAUAUGAUAGCUAAGAGGUGAUUAACAUGAAAUUGAUUUGCUUUGAUGUGAGAUGUUGCUAAUAUUGCCCGUAAUUAAUUUUAAUUAUCCAUUAAUGUCAGUUGAAUGUGUGGUGAAUAUAUUGCAAAUAUUUAAAUUCAUCAAGCACUGCAUGAGCUUUCCAAUGUAAUUGAACUAUACUUAGUGCUAAAUUAUAUUAAAUAAAUACUAUUGAUUGAUAAAAUAUUUAGAAUAGUCGUUAAUAAUAUGCAUGACUGUGUAUUUACCAGAAAUUUCGUUUUUGAGAUUAGUAGCAUCUAUUUUAAAUUUGUAAUUCAUAAGAUUAUAUUCUAUUCUACUAUGGUUAAAUACUACAAUAUUCUAUGAAUGUUUUGAAGAAUAAUGUUGACAGUGCCUAAAAUUCCUUUUAAUAUGUUUUUUAAUUAUUAAAUUAAUUACUUAAUCAAUUAAAUUAAUUAAUUAAUUAUUCCUUUUAAUUAUGUUUUUCUUGUUUCAAUAGCAGUAAAAAGUUUUUGACGAGUCAUACAUUUAUGAUAUAGUUGAUUGAGCAAAAUAUGAGUUAUUACUGAAUAUUUCAAUUAUUAUAAUUUUCAAUACCAUAUUAUAUAGAAUAUUAUUGUGUGAGAUUAUUCAACACGUUAUAAUUUUCGUUGAUAGUUAUUAAAAAUUUAAAUUUAUUAUGUAUCUCAAAUUGAUUGAUUCACAAGCGCUACCAAUAACAGACUGGUAGCUAUUUUUAAAAUUUGGAUUUUCAUUAAUUUAUUCAGUUUAAUUUAUUCAAAUCUCACAUUCUUAUGGUAUCUGCUCUAUUUUACAUCGGUUAAUGAAAUUAUUUACAGAUAAAAUGCAUGGUAAUUUCUGUAUAAUCUUUUUCUCCAUAAUUUUGUUAUAUUAUCUGGAAGUAGAAAAUUCUUGUUUAUUUUUUCAAUGAUCAGCCCCUAAAUAGAAAAUGUAUUCCAUAGCAAUUUGUAUUUUCAUAAUAAAAACUAAUAUUUAUGGUAGCCUAUGAAAUAAUCCACUGAUUAGCUUUUGUAUUAAUUGUUGGUACAUAUUAAAAAAUAUAUAUUCUGAUGUCCAUUAGAGGUGUUCUAGGCAGUUGAUAUUAUCUAUCUUUAUAUUCAACUUUAACACAACACUAAAUCACUUUUUUAAUAUGAUUUAUUUUUAUAAUAUAACGUGUGAAUCGAGUUUUGAGCCAAAAAAUAUAAUAUUAUAAAUACACAAUCUACAUGAAAUAAUAAUAUAAUACAAUACUUCAGAGCCUUAUGUGUGUUAGGGUAGUGAGGAUUUUAUUGUGAGUAUAAGCAUAUGCAAACAACGUUAUUCAUAUUUUGCGCAUGAAUAGAAUUUUGCAUUAGCUAAAAGGUUUUGCCAGCAUUGAGAAAAUAUAUGCAAAACUUGAAAAGCAGUUGAUGUAAUUUAAAAACUACAAUACUAUCAUUCCAUCUUGCUAUUAUGUCGUAAUAAAAUGAUUAAAAUUUAUUAGCGAGUCUUUAUUGCAUUAAAUUCCAAAGAAUAAGAAGAUAUAUUGCCUUAUUGUAUUAAUUCUUUAUUUGAAUCAUUUUAUAAAUUGUAUCUUUACUAAAGCAAAUAAUAUUAAUCAU